AUGCAACUUGCAUUUUGCUAUCCUCCUGUCCAGGAUCGCUUGCAUCAUCCGAGCCGUCGCUUGCUUUCGACGAGAACAGGAACUUCAGCGACAAGCCCAAGAUGCGCUGCGAAACGACGAGACCCUGGGUCUGCUUCCGAGCCCCGUCCGAAAUCCAAGCGAGCAAAGCGCCCUCGUUCUAAGCCCACAUCUGGUUUCUCGACGCCACCCACGGAAGAAGCCCCCCGACCCUCCACUGAACAAUCUCCGGAGGCUGCGACUGAGCCGGCAACUGGACCUGAUUUGCAGAAGCGUGAUGCAGGAGGUAUAUCGCUGGAAAAUCGCUUGCGUGAGGAAAUUGCUCACCCGUUGCGGAAACCAAAGCUGACAUUAUUCGGCACACUGGCCUUCUCUGCAACGAUAGGGGCGCUUUUCGCACUUGCACGGCUAGCACGUGGCGACGAUACACCCGCGCAGGUCGCGCAGAACGUCGCUGUGGAUACGAUCGCCGUGGGACUGUUUGGAUACCUCGCAUGGAGGGAAGUGCAGUUUGGGCGACGCUCAUUGAAUUCACUGGCGGGAAGGCCUGAAGCGAGGGACUUGCAGGUUAUGGUGCUUGACGAGAAGGCCACACAGGCAGCUCCUGUUGUGGGAGAUGGAUCGGGGCGCAGGCUUGGGUCGUUAUUCAGAGAGAAAGAUGUCGUUGUAGUGGCUGGACGGGCGAUUGAUGUGCGCAAAUAUUUAAAUCGGGUUCAUGCGGGCGAAGGCGGAGUAAAUCUCUCCGUGGUCAUUGCGCUUCCUACCGACGCGCAGCGUCAAGACGAUGCAUUUGAGGGGGCUGCAGCUGUCGCUUCUGGUGAGGCUGACAACACGAAAGACUGGACUUCGUGGAUUGGUGAUGCAGUACCCCCGAGAAGGAAUGUUGCUCUCUUUAGCAUUGAGGCUGGAGACAAGGGUCAAAGCGCCGCAAAUACCUAUGUUGUGGCCGUGGGUGAUCCGAUGACCCUUCCGUUACCAGCGGACGCGAAGCGUGAAUCCGCUGAUGUUUGA